CCGCCUCCAUCGGAGGCAUAGGAACCUCACAUCACUGCUGACGCGGAGCCGUGUGCCGAUUCUGCCUUCAUCAAUCAAUGCUGUAGAGCUUUUCUGCAAAUCAGGUGUUUACGCAAAAUACAGUCCGUAUAAGAGCGUGGCACUAUCGUUUGCAAUACUCGGUGUUGUGCUGGUGAACGCCGAGGACAACCCGCCCAUACUCUCGUCUCCCAACGUCCGGGGCAGUCAGUUGCCUGCCGCUCGCUGCAGCUAUGGCGUCUGCCCUCCUCCGACAGCAGCUGGUCGCCUCCGUGCACAGCAGCCUGCGCCUUCCCGCCUCAGGCUGCAGGUAUGUCAGCAAGGCAGCGGUCAACACCCAGGCAGUCUAUGAUUAUGACCGGCCCCUCAUGAAGACACAGGUCCCUGGCCCCCGGUCAAAGGAGCUGACCAAACAAAUGGGACAGAUUCAGAAUAACACCGCCAUCAACUUCUUCUGCAACUACGAGGAGAGCCGGGGCAACUUCCUGGUGGACGUCGACGGCAACCGCAUGCUCGACGUCUACACCCAGAUCGCCUCCAUCCCUAUCGGCUACAAUCAUCCAGCCCUGCUGAAAGUGGUGUCUGAUCCCAACAACGCCAGUGCAUUUGUGAACAGACCGGCACUUGGAAUCCUUCCACCUGAAAGCUUUGUGGACAAACUCACUGAAGGUCUGCUUACGGUGGCUCCCAAGGGCCUGAAUCGGGUUCAGAACAUGGCCUGUGGCUCCUGCUCCAACGAGAACGCCUAUAAAGCCAUGUUCAUCUGGUACCGGAACAAGGAGCGUGGAACCAGCAUCCCCUCCGACGCAGACCUGAGCUCCUGCAUGAUCAACCAGACCCCUGGCUGCCCAGAGCUCAGCAUUCUGUCCUUCUCCGGGGCCUUCCAUGGACGGACCAUGGGUUGCCUAGCAACAACUCACUCCAAGCCCAUCCACAAGCUGGAUGUGCCCUCGUUUGAUUGGCCCAUCGCCCCCUUCCCGAGGCUCCAGUAUCCCCUGGACGAGCACGUCAGGGAGAACGCCCAGGAGGAGGCGCGCUGCCUGGAGGAGACAGAGGAUCUGAUCGUCAAGUGGAGACACAAGGGCAUGCCCGUGGCCGGCGUCGUGAUCGAGCCCAUCCAGGCUGAGGGGGGAGACAACCACGCCUCCGCCGCCUUCUUCAUCAGCCUCCGCAAGAUCGCCAGCAAGCAUGGCUGUGCCUUCCACGUGGACGAGGUCCAGACGGGGGGCGGGGCCACCGGGAGGUUCUGGGCCCACGAGCACUGGGGCGCCGAGGACCCCGCCGACAUCGUGUCCUUCAGCAAGAAGCUGCUGACGGGGGGCUUCUUCUACCGGGACGAGAUGGAGACGGACAAGCCGUACCGUAUCUUCAACACCUGGAUGGGCGACCCCUCCAAGAACCUUCUGCUGGCCGAGGUCCUCAACGUCAUCCGUCAGGAGAACCUUCUGGCGGAGGUGACCCGGACCGGGAAGGCCCUCCUGGGGGGGCUCUACGAGCUGCAGGCCAAGUACCCCAACCUGCUCAGCAGGGCUCGCGGACAAGGCACCUUCUGCGCCAUCGACAUCUGCAAGGCCUCCGUGCGAGACAAACUCAUCCUCCAGGCCAGAGAUAACGGCGUGAUCCUGGGAGGCUGUGGGGACCUUUCCAUCCGCUUCCGACCGGCACUGAUCUUCAAGGAGCACCACGUGCACAUGUUCCUCAACGUCUUCAGUGACUUGCUGGCCGCACACAAGUAGGCGAGCAGCGACGUGUCAUAGUGUAGUAUUGACCAGCCUGCAGGACCAAGGUGGAGGGGAGGGAGGGAGGGAGGGAAAGCACAAAGACACCCAUUGUCCCAAAGAGCAAAUCCAUACAAGGGUUUUCACUCACGCACACACAUGUACACAAACACACGCAUACACGCACACGCACACACACGUCUUAAUUAGAAUCUACAAGUACACAAAGUGCUGUCCUACAAGCUGUCAAACUUCCCAUUAAAGUGUGAAGUGGAACAUCUACAGUCGAACAUAAACCAACCAUGUUGUCACUGCAGACUGGUGUACCUUGUCACAAAAUGGUUUGUUUUCUUGGUUUUGUAUUUUGGAACAUUGUGUCCAUCGUGAUGAAGUGACUCAAAUGUACAUCCUCAUCGCCAUCGUGGUCAGUCCUCAGUACCCGGAACACUAUUCAACCACUACAGACCUACUAAGAUCACCGCCAGGGUUCAUGGACAGACUGAAGACAAAACCACAACCUCUCAGUGGGUAGAAGAUCAAACCGUUUGGUGGCAAUGUGUGGCACAAUUGUAUUUCAUUCUGCCAUAGUCACUGAUAGAUGGUGAUGAGUUGAAGACUUGAAGUAAACGCCUUUGGUGUUUAGUUUUAGUGUGUGGUUCAACGUCAUACCAAUGUUCCCUGGACAGUGUUUUCCUUGUGCUGGUUCGACAGACUGAAAGGGGUUGGAAGGGAUUCUGAUUUAAAGUAUAUUACUCCUCUAUUUUUGCCUCGUAUUUUCAAACACACAAGUAUUUUUAACCUCAAUCUCAUUUUCAAAAUGUUGAAGCAGCCCGCGAUUUCCAUCCAGAUCCUAAAUGCUUGUUAGGCUUCGUUCUAUGGCGUUGUUUUGUUUGAGAACUGUGAAUUUUGUAUAGAACCAGCGAAAUGUUUAUCAUGGAUAAUUGAAAGCCUGCAUGUCAAUUCAUUAUGUAACGAACACCCAGGUGUUGGUUAAUGGCUGCUCUGCACUGAUAAGGAACUUUGUUUUUUAUUUAAUUUAACAUAACUUGCGUAAUAUGUUUAGGAAUACUAAUUAGACUAAAGACAUGUUGCAUAAUUAUAUCUAUCUCAUGCCACAUUAUUGUUCUAAUGCUAAGCCAAGUUAAUAUUAGCCUUUACAUGUGCCUUUCAUUCUUUUUUAAAUCCACAACCUAACCAGAAUACUAGCCUUUGGAUAACUAUCGGACAGGUGACCGUUUUUCUUUUGUAUAAAUUACUUCAAAAGUGAAAGUAAAUGUUGCUACCCUAACUAUAUGGACAUUUUAAGUCAAAGCAAGAAUGAAAAACCCAUGAAAAGGUGUGUAAUAUAAAUGGUGGGGCAGAAAUUAAGAUUAUUGCAGAAAUUAUAUUUUGCACAGCUCUUUAUACUUUUCUUUUUAAUUUUAUUUUUUGUGUAAUAUCAAUGUGUGCAUUACCCAUCAUGAAUCACGUUGUGUUACAGUUCAUAAAGAUAUAAAUAAAAUGUUUAUUCCAACAUAUGGCAGACAACAUAUAUAGAUGAAGCUUUUAUAAUAUAUAUUUCUGAUGGCCAGAUAGUCAGGCAUUCACUAAAACUAGAGAUACUAGUCGGAUCCAUACAAAAAAAAGAAUAGCGACUUAAAAUGGAUGGAAUUGUCCCAGGAAAAGUCUGCAUGGUUGUCUUGUUAAGAUAGUCCAGCAUGUGUGUGAUGUAUCGCAAUGUUUCAGCAUUGUUCUGAAUGCCUCAGUCAAUGUUUAUAUCUUAGUUUCGAUGGCGCAUUGAUAGAUAAAGUAGGCUUAGUCCACCAAUUGACUUGCUAUGGUGGUUGAGUGAUGAUGGUGGAGAUUUUUUGUAAUUGUGGUAAAUCACAAGAAGAAUUGUGAAUCAAGUGACGAAUUGUCUUAACAUUUUUGUAUUAAUCUGUCAUUUUCCUUUCUUGUGAGAUACAAACACACUUCUGUCUCUUAAUGUAACUAUUUCAGAUGGUUCCAAUUAAUGUUGUCAAAACUGUAUCCGCUUUGUAGCAUAGAAAAAUAAACAAGUAAUUUGGA